CAGCCAAAACCCAGACCCAGACCCAGGAAGAGCCAGUGAGACACGCCGCUCGGCUCGGGAUGUUUUCCUCCGGACCUCCGGGUGUGAACUCACCCUUGUAUGCUUCCCCCGAAGAGGCUUGGUGGACUAAAAUCAAGGAGCAGUAAAUGGAAAUAAAAUGAGUUCUCAAGAAGUUUUUGGUAAAGGAGUUCAGGGAAGGAUAGCAGGCAAGAAUAUACCUGUAGAAUCAGAGACCAGAACUCAGCAACUGCCAAAAGGGAAAAAACAAAAAAACAAAGGCAGGUAUCGUAAGAAAAAAUUGUUGCUCACAAGGAAAAAAGGAACAGCACACAAAAGAUACUCCCAAAAUAUUUUUGAGGCAGUUUCCAGAGGAAUCCAAAGUGAUAGUGAGAUUAAGGGAGCAUCCCAGUCAGAAGAUGAAGCUCACAUAUUAGGCAAGAAACUCCCCCGUACAGAUGGCUUACCAGACAAAGAUUCUGACUCCAGCAGCGAUGGGAGUGAGAAAAGCAGAGAAACAAAAUCUGAAAACUAUAAUUCAGAAGUAAAAGUUCCUGGCAGUGAAGAAAGUGAAAAUAGUCUGUCAGAACUGCAGAAAAAAUUAGACACUAUGGAAACUUCACCACAAAGUGGAGACCAAAAAAACAAAUUACUGGAAAUGAUGUCUCGAGAAUUCAAUUCUGGAAGCAUACAGGAGGGAUCUGUCUCUCUUGAUCCUAAAAAAUCUGCACGAACUCCAAGGCUGACAAGGAAGCGAAAGAGUGAAGUGAUAGAUGCACCAGAAAAGACUCCAGAGAUUUUAGCUAGCCAGCAAAGUCCCAUAGCUACAGUAAGUUCUAUUUUCCAUAAUCCUAUAACAAGUGCCUUGAAAAAAAUUAGGAAAGAACCCCUGGAGAAUGUUCCCUUACCUACUUCCCCUGUAACACCUGGAAGAACUAGAAGAAGCACACAAGAGAGAAAAUCUGGCAGUGAGAAGGAUCCUAGUGAGGAGGUGACUGGCAUUUCAGAGCCCCCAGAGGUGGUAGAAUCUAAAACAGAAGAAGUGCCUCUCCUUGAAAAAACUACUCCUGAUACACGUGGUAGGAAACGGGCCAAGGUGAGAGGCCGAUCCCUGGUUGAUGAGGAAGAAGGAAAUGACUCUGACAAUGAAUCUCCUGUUAUCCCCGUCAGAGGACGAGGCAAGACACAAUCCAGUUCUGAAGAAGAUUGUCAUGCCACAUGCUCAGACUCUCCAAGCUCAGUGAAGAGUCGCUCUAGAAUUAUGAAAGGAUCUGUUGAAGUUGAGACAGCAAGUACAGGUGGGCAGAUUAAGGGAAAGAAUAAAGUACCUUUUAAAGAUGAGCCAAACAGUGACUUUAAAUGUAGAGGAAAGCAAAAACCUGAAGGGGAUAAGGCUGAAGACCCACAAAGUCUUUCAUUUGCUUCUAAUAAAAGUCGGAGGAUAGCAAAACCUAGUGAUGAGAGUAUAAACCCUGUCGGUAUGAGUACUUCCUCUGUGGGCACAAUGUCUACAAGAUCAAGAGUAAAAACUGAACCUGAGAAAGAAGCAAGUGUGGAAACAGAAUCAGCUACUCAGGCAAGACGAAGUACCACCCCUGUGAGAGGUGAAUCAACUCCACAAUCUGAAUUAAAACGAUCUCAGCGGAUUUUGUUGUCUCGUGAAAGUAGUUCAGAUUCUUCUCUCUCCUGCAAGAAAGGAACACUGAAGCCAAUGGCAGAGAUAAUAAAGAAACCAGAUACUCCUACUCCUCCAGCCAAACCUCCACCUACCCGACCAAAGAAAGAUGACGAAUCAUUAUGGACCAAGACGGGCAAGAAAAAAAAGAAACAUUUCAAGGGAUUGAGUUACUCAUUUAAUACAAGAAAAAAGAAAGGUAAAGGCAAGGGUGGACAUGGAAGACAGGGCUUAGAUACAUCACAAGAAACAGACUCUGUUGUGUCUGAGGAAAUAGACAUGGAGUCAGUUGAUUCUUCCUCACAAGAUGUUCCAUCAGAGCAACUUUCCAAUCAGGAUCAAGAUGGAAUUGAAGAUCGACUUUCUGAAGGAGAAGGAGAAGGAGAUAAUGAUGUUGAAAUGGAUAAUGUUGAAGGUGCAAAUAUUACUGGAGAUGACACCAGCAUGAAAGAGUGCUCCAUUGAGAAAGUUUUAACAGAUUCAUCAGAUGUUGAGGAAAAUUCCAAAUCUCUGGAAACUGUGCAAACAGAAAUUGCUGAAAAAGAAGAGAAAUUAGAUGAAGCAUGUGAAGAUUCUGUCAAAACUGUAAAAAGUGAAUUGCCUGAAGUCAGAAAAGAGAAUACUGACAUGAGUAACAAAGAAACUAAAAGCACACAAAUUUGUAACAUUCAGGGAAGUACAGCCUCCAAGAUUAGUGCUGUUGUCAAGUAUGAUCCUCCCCCUGCACCUAGUGAUAUUAAGGCUGAACACAGUGAUCCUUUGGAAGAAGUUAAAAGUAACUCGGUAAAACCUGAGCUCUGUGAAGAUGUAUCCAAAGGAAAAAGUCCUAGAGAGGUGGAGGGGGCAGGUAAAUUAGAUUCUGAUAAAUUGGUUCAGACAGAGUGCCAAGGAAAAGGAAUGAGAAUAAAGAAAGUUCCCCCAGGUUUGUCAGUCUUCAGUUCACCUAGUCAUGUUUCACAUGUGACCGUUCAAAAGAUGAUUGCUGAAAAAGAACAUUCCACAUUGCCACCAAAGGUACUUAGUUCACCUGAAGUAAGUUGCUCUGUCUCUGAGUCUGCCUUCUCCCCAGGAGCAGAAGUUGAGGUUCAUGUGCCUGAAAAGAGCAGUGAUGAGACACUAAGAGAAGUACCUGCUCCAUCAUCAGCCAGGAAAUCCGUAAACAAUAUUACAGGAUUUUCAGAUCUACCUAGCAGCAAACCUGAUUCUUCCCCACAAACACAGCCAAUGAGCAAAAAGCUGCAUGUUACGAAAAUGACUGAGAGUGAUUGCAAGAAUGAACUAGCAAGCCAAACUAGCAAAGAACCCUUGGGCAUUCAGGAUGAAACCUUGAGACCACUGGGGAGGAGACGCCAGAGUAUAAGUAAGAAGAAAUUUGAAGAUCUUGCCCCAGAAGGUCAUAACUCGGACUCUAGUGACUCAAUGAGUGAACCUCGUUUGCCUGGUGAGGGAGUCAGGAAGAGCAAAAGGUUGAGUCGACAUAGUUCUCCACAUGGCCUCUCUUUUGCUGCACCCGAGUCACCAGAGGGACCAGGCAAAGGACAGUCUAAACCCAUUGGCAGCCAGUCAGCUAAUGUUACUCCGGCCUCACCAGGGGAACACCUUUGCUAUAGUAUCCUGUCUCCACCUGUGAACUUGACCCAGAGCUGUCAACAGCAAGGGAAUGUGAAAUCUGCAGCACCAACACUGACCAAUGCACUGUGCAAGUGUCGCAUGAAGUACAAUCCGUUGGCCAUCGUUACCACAGGAGAGGUGUACUGUCAGGCCAUAGAUUCUUUUGAUGGACGCAUGAUUGGAUGCUGCAAUAUUGUCACAAAUAACAGGCUUCUUCGUGUGAGCGGAAAGAUACCCUUCAUGCUCCUGUGUGACAACCAUCGGCGAAGGCUGCGUCAACACAACUGCUGCCCUUGUUGUGGUCUCUUCUGUACUCAGGGCGUGUUCUAUGAGUGUUCGUGGGACAAAGGUGGAUUGAGGCAUUACUACCAUAAACUUUGUUGUCUUGUAUUAAAUGGGACAACACUGUGUCCUCAUUGUGGGUCUUCUGACUCACCUCAAGAAGUUCAGUUGGAGUUGAUGCUUACUAGAAAGCCUGUUGUGUAUUUGCAGCAGCACCAAGAAAGAAAAGAAUUGUCUGCACGCAUAACAUGGUCGAAGAAAGAGGCUCCUGAAGAUAGUGCUGACGCAGACAUUGCAACAGGGAAUGAACCAUCUCUAGAGCUAAGAAAUGGUAGAAUUAUUUCUGCUGUGAAACUACCAUUUGGAUGUGGCCGAGAGAAGCUACAGGAAGCUAUUCGUUGCAUUACUGAAGGGAAAUCUGUCAUAAAACCUACAAGUAAAGGGAUGUACUUGGCAUGCAAACAAAACGACAUUGAAAAGCUGCUGCAUGCUCUAGUAAGUGGCUUAAGUCCAAAUGUCAAGGUGAAAGAAUGUGGAAGCCAGACAGGACUGCAUGUGGCUGCAGCGUAUGGAAGUGUUGCUGCCCUCCACAUAUUAGUCAUGGGUGGAGCUACCAUAGACAUGACAGACAACCAGCUCAUGACUCCUCUAAUGAUAGCCAUCACCAAAGAACAAAAUGAAGUUGUCCAUUACCUGGUACAAGCUGGAGCAUCACUCAUGGCCAAAGUUGGUAUACAGAAGGGCCUUAAACAGUUGUCGGAGCUGUCACUGUCACACUGCUCGUCGUAUGAUGAAUCCGAUUCUGAGACUCAAGAUGGCAUGACAUGCCUUCACCUUGCUGCUAAGUGUGGUAACCUGACUGCCUGCCAACACAUUUUGGACUCAGGUCGACUUACCCGGCAUGCUGUCAAUAUGCAGGAUGAGGGAGGAUGGACUCCACUUGUUUGGGCCUCUGAAAAUAAAUUUGCCCAUGUUGUCAAGUUUCUGCUGGACCGAGGAGGCAAUCCCCAGCUCUGUGAUGUAGAGCAAAACACAGCAUUGCACUGGGCAGCUUUUUCUGGCUCUACACACAUCUGCUCCAUGGUCUUGGAUAGAGGUUGUUCUUUGCGCUCAAUGAAUGCACAUGGAGACACGCCUCUGCACAUAGCAGCACGGCAGAACCACACUGAUGCUGUAAUCCUGCUAUUGACCCGAGGUGCCCAGCUGGAUGUGCUCAAUACCAAGAGCCAAACACCUAUAGACUGUGCCUUACCUGAUACGGACGUGUACCUCCAACUGACCUUGAACAGCAAAGUGCUAGAAAUUAUGAAGCAAAAUAAUAUUAGAACAGAAAAAAUACUGAGCAGUGACAUUGCUGGAGGGAAGGAGGAAGUUCCAAUCCCAUGUGUGAAUGGUGCUGAUGAAGAUGAACUCCCCAAGGAUUAUCUAUACAUUGCUGAAAAUUGUGAGGCAUCUAACGUAACUAUUGACCGCACCAUCACAUCCCUCAAGUGGUGUGAGUGUGAGGACGGGUGUAAUGCUGAACACUGUGGAUGCGGUCAACUCAACUUCCAGUGCUGGUUUGACCCAGAUGGCCGCUUGUUGCCAGAGUUUAACUAUGCAGACCCUCCUAUGAUUUUUGAGUGCAACAGAGCAUGUCGAUGCAACAAGCUGUCUUGCAACAACAGGGUGGUGCAGCAUGGUAUUUCUGCUCACAUGCAGCUGUUUAAAACAGUUGGAAAGGGGUGGGGUGUACGUGCCCUCAAGACCAUUCAAAAGGGUUCUUAUGUCUGUGAAUAUGUAGGAGAGAUUAUUACUGAUUUGGAAGCUGAUCAAAGACACGACGACUCCUACUUGUUUGAUCUUGACAACAGGGAUAGUGAAACUUUCUGUAUUGAUGCAAGGUCUUAUGGCAACAUUGCUCGGUUCAUCAACCACUUGUGUGAAGCCAAUCUCACCCCAGUCAAGGUCUUUAUUGACCACCAAGAUCUCACUUUCCCAAGGAUUGCACUUUUUGCCAACCGUGACAUAGAAGCUGAUGAGGAGCUCGG